UUUUUAUGGCCUUCUAAAUCUGACCCUCUGGAGUGACCUGUGCCCUUCUUUUUACAGUCCUCCACUCUCCGGGCCGUUCUGCAGCUCCUGGCGGUCCAGAGCGAAUAUGCUAAUUUGACCGCUCCACAUGACCAUGAUCCUAACCCCCCUUCAUGUUUAAAAGAUAAACAGCCUGACAGCCCUUUAGUUGUCCCUCCAUUAUCACAGAUACCUUCAAACACUCUCGUAGAAUAUAAAGCUUUAGGACACACCAGCAGUGGCCAGUCUUCAGGAGACUCAGGACGACAUGACAGACCUCAGACAGAUGUUGUUUCCUCGGAGGCUAUAGUUCAGAAAGAAAGUUAUGUGGAACCAGUGAUGACAAGUGGUUCAUCCUCAGAAAAAUUAAACGCGUUUAGUCUGGUUACAGAAAGAAUAUCAGAAAGAGAAAAACCUACAUUUGAAAAGAUCAGUCCUAUUAUAGAUGUUCCUCCAUCACCUGCCCUAAUUAAUGUUAAGUCUCUUAUUAACCCAGCCACCAGUCCAGCACAGUUAACCCCUGCAGUAGCUAACAGCAGUUUUACCCUAACCAGCACAGACCCCCUUGCGCCCAAUUGUCCCCCACCAGCCGGGAGCCUCCUGGGCCUUGGUAAUUCCUCCCCAGAGAUCACCCACUGCCAGGCUGAAGAGACUCCCUUACCAGAGCCACAGCUUGCUGGUGCAAGAGUGGUGGUAUCUGCCAGGACCUAUGCAGACUUUACCCCUCAGGCCACCUUUGAUAUUAAGAAAUGUGACUUGCACAAGUUGGAGGAGGGCCCACCACUGCAGGCCGUGCUUACAAGAGAGGAGGGGCUUCAGUACUACCGCACAAUGCAGACCAUGAGACGUAUGGAGCUCAAAGCCGAUCAGCUCUACAAGCAGAAGAUCAUCAGGGGCUUCUGUCACCUUUAUGAUGGACAGGAAGCAUGUGCGGUCGGUAUCGAGGCAGGUAUUAAUCUAUCAGACCAUCUUAUCACAGCGUAUCGUGCUCACGGGUACACUCUCACUAGAGGUGGCACUGUUCGUGAGAUCAUGGCAGAGCUCACCGGCCGUAGAGGAGGUAUUGCUAAAGGAAAGGGAGGGUCUAUGCAUAUGUACACUAAAAAUUUUUAUGGAGGAAAUGGAAUUGUGGGAGCUCAGGUGCCUCUUGGGGCAGGUGUAGCGUUGGCCUGCAAAUACCUGGGCAAGAAUGAGCUGUGUGUCUGUCUCUAUGGUGAUGGUGCUGCAAAUCAGGGUCAGAUCUUUGAGACGUAUAAUAUGGCAUCUCUGUGGAAGCUGCCUUGCAUCUUCAUUUGCGAGAAUAACAAAUACGGCAUGGGUACUUCUGUGGAGAGAGCAGCUGCUAGUACUGACUACUACAAGAGAGGCGAUUUCAUCCCUGGAUUGAGGUUGGAUGGCAUGGACGUUCUUUGUGUGAGGGAGGCCACCAAAUUUGCUGCUGAACACUGCAGAUCAGGAAAGGGUCCUAUUCUGAUGGAGCUGCAGACCUAUCGUUACCACGGACACAGUAUGAGCGACCCAGGAGUCAGUUACCGCACACGUGAGGAGAUCCAGGAGGUGCGCAGUAAGAGUGACCCCAUCUCGAUGCUGAAGGAUCGCAUGCUGAGCAACAACAUGGCCAGCGUGGAGGAGCUUAAGGAGAUUGAUGUCGAAGUAAGGAAGGAGAUUGAAGAUGCCGCUCAGUUUGCCACCACAGACCCUGAGCCUCCACUGGAUGAUCUUUGCAACCACAUCUUCUACAAUGACCCUCCUAUGGAAGUGCGUGGCAUCAACCCCUGGACCAAGCUCAAGUCUGUCAGCUAAAUCGCCUUCUUUAUCAUCCUAAGUCCCCUCCUCCUCCAGUUGAUCCUCUACUGUUGGAGUGCACAGAAAAAUAUGAUCUCCUCCGAUGUGGCUAUAAAUUUCAUAGACAGUUAUUGGGAAACUCAGGCAAAUCUAUCAGCCACAUUGUGAUAAGUUGCCUCAUUUCACAUGUUAUCAUUGGCUUGUUUUCUUGUUGUCUUCAUCAACUACAAUUCUGACCCAAUACUGAUAUUUUUUCAUCCUAUAUUAGAAAUAUGUAUCAUAUAAAUAAUGUAAUAUGUGCACACACACACCUCUCAAUUUAUACAUCAACAGGAGUGACUAAAUAUUUAAAUAAUUUGACUAAAUAUUUUAAGGGAAAUGUUUAUUAACAUUUAUAAAUUGUAAACUUGUGGCCAUAUUACAAAAAUUUGGUGUGAU